GACUGGGCUUCAGCUCCUUUCAUUCCACUUGUUCCUUCACUGGCCAUGUCAUGUUGUGUGUGGGGGUAGUGUUUUCUUUUUGCAUCUCAGCUUUAAGGGGAUUUCACAUUUAAAGGGCUUUAAAAUCUGCACCAUCCCAGUGUGAAAACAGCCAUGCCCCGUUCAUUCCUCAUCAAGAAACAUUGCAGCAACAAAAAACCCAACUACAGUCAACUGGAGACCCAGAAUGCAAGUUACAUUUCGCCCUAUUUAUAUGAAGGGUUGACAUUUCCAUUGAUCCCUCAGCCUGAGAUCCUCACCCCCAUCAUCUGUGAUCCACCGAGAUUGUGGGACGGAGCUCCUAUCAGUGUCCGAGCACGUUUGCCCCCUCCCUUAGACACUGAGAUUGGAACAGAGACACCAGUAAGCAGACAACCGAGCCUGGAGAUCAGCGUUCAGGAAUGUCCGGCUGUCAUAGGCACCAACACCCCAUUCAGAGACGCAGCUAAUGACCUCAACCUAUCCCCUUCCAAAAGAGCCAAGAGAAGAGCCACUAACCAUGGUGUGUUUGAAGGAGAUGGUAACACACAGGAGAAAAUGCUUCAAACUGAAAGCACUGGCAUGGAAACACUGGAGAAAUUUGAGUGUCUUCAGUGUCACAAGGCAUAUAACACUUUAUCUGGGCUCUCUAAACACAGGCAGCUUCACUGUGAAUCACAGACCAGAAAAUACUUUAACUGUAAAUACUGUGAUAAGGAAUAUGUCAGCUUGGGUGCUUUGAAGAUGCACAUAAGGACACAUACACUGCCCUGUGUCUGCAAAAUCUGUGGUAAAGCCUUCUCUAGACCUUGGCUCUUGCAGGGGCACAUCAGAACCCACACUGGGGAGAAGCCCUUUGCAUGUCCUCACUGUAGCCGGGCUUUUGCAGAUCGCUCAAACCUCAGAGCACAUUUGCAGACGCACUCAGAUGUGAAGCGAUAUCAAUGCAAGAGCUGCUCAAAGACCUUCUCCAGGAUGUCCCUUCUCUCCAAACAUGAAGAGGCCGGCUGUUGCCCCAUGUCCUGACACGUAGUUUCUGAUAUUUUACGAAAGGGACGUUUCUCAUGGUGUGAAACCACAGCUUGGCCAUUAAACACAGAUUGAUUUUAUAAUUUUAGGUUUGACUAUUGGUAUGAACUGGGCAAUUGGCAUUUCAAGUCCCAGAGUGUUUUUAAUUCUCUCAAUGGUGACAUCUAGCGGCUUGUAUCUUGCACUAGCACAGUUGCAGCAAGCUCCACUGCGUUGAUUGAGUCAACAUUGAUGUGCUAAGAGCUGAUCUCCACAACAGCCAUAUGAAAGCAGCAAUAAAACAAAUGCACACAUUAGGAAAAAGACGGUGCAGAGCUUGGAAUGUCAAUAUACAUUCUCCCUAACGAAGGACUUCAAGAUGAAAUGUUAUUUGUAGUGCAUCACAAAACUGUCGAAGCAAAAUCGAUCUUUCACACACGACUAAAAGAAGCUCAUCCUCCGGUAGAACUGGAAGUUAUUAAAAGGAACAGCCUCUGAGUGGAGGAUGGUUAUUGCUCCCAGAGAGAAAGCGGCUUCCAAAACAGAAAGUCGGUAUCAAAGACUAAGAAUACAACUUGAAGGAGAAGAGAGAUUUUUUUGGACGGUAUCCAAAAUGACCACCUUGUUAAGAAUAAACCAAGAAUGUUCCAUCAGUAGCAUUUACUCAGGAUACUUUGGAAUGCAGUCCAGAAUCCAUUUAGACAGA